GUGAUGACCUCAUCAGUGAGGAAGCAGCCAUCUUGUCGGGCACUUUAAGAGGACGUCAGUCGUUGAUCCCGGAAGGCUGAAGGGGGACCAGAGAUUAAAGACUGAAGCUGGUGUGCAUGACCAGAACUCUUCUUAAAAAUGAGUGAGCCAGAACUGUUGCUGGAUUCCAAUAUUCGAUUAUGGGUGGUGCUUCCCAUAGUCUUCAUCACCUUCUUUGUGGGGAUGAUUCGUCACUAUGUAUCCAUCCUUCUCCAGAGUGAUAAAAAGCUGACUCAGGAACAAGUGUCUGACAGUCAAGUUCUCAUUCGAAGUAGAGUCCUCAGAGAAAAUGGAAAGUACAUUCCAAAGCAGUCCUUCCUGACCCGGAAAUAUUAUUUCAAUAAUCCUGAUGAUGGGUUCUUUAAGAAAACUAAAAGAAAGGUAGUGCCUCCUUCCCCAAUGACAGAUCCUACCAUGCUGACAGAUAUGAUGAAGGGGAAUGUAACAAAUGUGUUACCUAUGAUUUUAAUUGGUGGUUGGAUCAACAUGACCUUCUCAGGCUUUGUCACGACAAAAGUCCCCUUUCCUCUGACAUUGCGUUUUAAACCAAUGCUACAACAGGGUAUUGAACUGCUUACUUUGGAUGCAUCUUGGGUAAGCUCAGCUUCUUGGUAUUUUCUAAAUGUCUUUGGACUUAGAAGCAUUUAUACCCUCAUUCUUGGCCAAGAUAAUGCUGCUGAUCAGUCCAGAGUAAUGCAGGAGCAGAUGACAGGAGCAGCCAUGGCCAUGCCUGCAGAUACCAAUAAAGCAUUCAAGACAGAAUGGGAGGCUCUAGAACUAACUGACCACCAGUGGGCACUGGAGGAUGUUGAGGAAGAACUCAUGGCUAAAGAUCUCCGCUUUGAAGGCAUGUUUAAGGAAGAGUUGCAGACAUCCAUGUUCUGAGGACCUUCAUUUGGUUGACAUUAAAUCAGUUAUGUUUAAUAUCAGAAGUGUGUUCUUAUUCAUGACCAGAAUAAAUUUGAUCAGAAUUUCUGUGAAUUAUGUA